AGCCAAUCCCAGUCAAGACCUUCCAUUGUUUGGGUGCACGUGUGUUCUCGCUGUUCUGUCGUGUUUCAUCGAUGUAAUGAUUCUGCAACAACCUCACAAUGAAGAAUAAGCCGGUGAAGCACAAGACUGAAAAUACGUUUCGGUUCCAAACGUUUUCUGAGAGGUUGUCGAAUGUGAACGUCGAUGUAAUCCACAAAGUUGGGCUGCACAAAAGUACACCGUUUGAAGCCGAAACAUUCGUACAGGAAGCUGUAAAUAAAUGGGCAGAAUUGAAUUGUACAGAAGACUUCGAUUCACUGAAGAAAGAAGUUGGUGCGGAGGUAGAAACGCUUCCGCAGCUAGUUCUACGAAAGGAUGCAGUCAUCGAGGCACUUCAGAAUCAGCUCGCCAAAAAGGACAACAAAGCCCUCGACGCUGUGCUGGAAAUGGUUGUUGCCCUGGCAAGGGACUUGCAACAUUAUUUUUAUCCGAGUUUCCCGGAAUUUUUCCGGCUCAUAUGUGGACACUUGAACACUCAAGACACAGAAAUUCUUGAAAGGAUUUUCAUGUGUCUCGCCUGCUUGUACAAGUUUCUUUGGAGAUAUAUGAUCAAGGAUAUUGAUCAAAUUUUCAGGCUUUACAUACCUCUGCUGAGUGACCAGCAGAAAGACUAUGUGCGAGCGUUUGCUGCAGAAAGCUUUGCCUUCAUUAUGAGGAAGGUACCAGAUAAGCAGGAACUUCUCAGUCUCAUUUUCGGACAUUUGGAAACCAACCCCAAAUACACUGAUGGUAUUGGCAAUCUGUUCUUUGAAAUGUUAAAAGGCGUGAAAGGACGACUCCACAGUUGUGCAGAAAUGGUCCUGCCAUUGCUCUUACAAGAGGGCUUGAACGGUUCCAUGGGUUGUGCUGAUCUCAAUCGUCAAGCUCUCCACAUCACUUUUAUGGGGUUGGCUGCCCACGUCGGAAACAAGGAUGCACGGGACACUACAGUCGUAGUUUGGAAAUCCUUGCAGCAAGCUGUUGGAAAUAUUGUUGCAACAUUGGAUACCAAUGAAGCAGAGAAUAAGAAGGCUAUGCAUUUGGAGAAUGUGCUCUGUCUUCUAAACGUCUGGGUGACCUACAAGAGUGGUGUUCUCAUUAAUGACCCUGAAGCUGUUGCACAAACAUUGCUGCCUAUAGUUUGCCUCCCUGAAUUUACACCUUCUUGGACGGAGAAGCUUCUGGAGACCGUCUGCCAGUUUCUAGAAACACAGUCACGCUUUCUGUCCCCCGAGACCACCGAUCAGUUUGUGACACAGCUGUAUAAUGGGAGCUAUGCAACCAGUUCUGUCUUCAGUUUCUCGCAAUGUGCGGUUGACCUGCCGAUGUUUGAAAAGUCUGUGCUUCCCCGACUACUGGUGUACUGUAGCAAACUGGAAGCCAAGCCUGAUGCUAUUGCACUUUUGGCUGAAGUGAUGCUAAGAAGAAAUCCGAUACCCCUAUCUGGAGAUGAACUGAAACAUUGGUCACCUCUUUACCUAGAUGCAGCUUCAAGUCUCGUGAAGACUCCUGCUGACCAGCAGGAGGCAGUUUCCAUCUUGGCAAAUGACGUGGCCUCCUUCCUGUCCCGUGACAUUGGAGAUCCUCCUUCACUUCCUUUGCUGUGGGCGGCGCUGAGUUGCCUGCCUCAUUUCAGAGCACUAAGAACAGCAGAGGUUAAGGAGUCCGUUUCAAUGCUGAUUACAUCCCUGUGUCAGUGCUUGAAUUCAGAAACUGAACAUCAGUCGGUGUAUUCCUUCUUGCUCUUUCAAACUGUGGUUACAAGUGUGCUUUGUGGGCUCACUGAGGUACUAGCACUUGUAACAUGCAAGAGCUUCAUAGAGCUGCUCAGGAUAUACCCUCAAGACUUGCACCUCUUGAGGUCAACAGAGUGUUAUCUGGCAUACCUGUCAAGAACUGAUGAAAGGGAAACUUUGACAGUUGACUUACUUCAAGAAAUGUACCAGGUUCUUGAAAGCAGCUUAGCAUCACCAUACAGCUUGGUGCGGCAGGCAUGCUUAGGAAUUUUCUUUUACUUUGAUCUUCCCCUUCCGAGCAUCGAAGACGAUGCCGUUGUGCAGAUACCUGUGUUUGAAACCUGCUUAAAAGCAGAAAAGGUCCCCAACACUGUUCAGCACUACAGAGAAAGGUUGAAGCUGCUACAGGGACUGAGUGCUGAUGCAGUUAAAAUGUGCAUUCCAAUUGGACCCUUUGAAAUGGCUCCUGUAAGGUACCUGCUUGGAACCCUGUUCAUAAAUUUCUCCCUCCUGUGGAAGCCUGUCCAAGAAAUCCUUGCAACCCAUGCAGGGACUGAUGACAAGUUCUGGCUGCUCUUGUUUGAGCAUCUGAGGCUUGUCAAUGCUACAAUUUUGGACUACAAGCCACCGCAGGAACUUGUCUUUGAGCUCCCCGACUGUGACGGGGAGAGUCCCGUCAUUCAGGCCUUCUCGGAAGCGCUGCAGACAACGUCAGACCUGAAAGAAAAACCAGACUAUGUCAAUCACAGGCACCUUUUGUGGAAAGCCGUUGAGCAGACCAGAACAGCCGAGCGUCGAAAUAAAGACAUCGUUGCUCUGUUUUACAGCUUCCUCGAGAAGGAAUUCUGGCCCAACACCAUAGUAGCACCUUACCACAACGUGCAAAGGGCCGAAAAUGACCAUGAACUGCCAGAAGAGCCAGAAGCAGCUGCACCACUGGUACCAAAUGACCCAAGUGUGAUUCUGCUUGAACCUGAGAAUGCUGAUGAUGUGGAUGAUGGUGCUGCCGCCGCCGCCGAUGAUGAUGAUGAUGAUGAUGAAAUGGAUGGGAGUGGAGUUGAUGACGAAGUAGAACAGGAACCAAGGGAUAAGCGUGGUCGCAGAAGCUUUCCAGACCUGAUUGAGAAUGAAGGGCCAAGUACUUUAGCUCCAAGAGCAAGGUGCAGAUUGACCAGGAGCUUGUGUGAUCAUCUAGGUGUGUUUGCAAAGUUUGUUAACCCAAAGGCAAUAUCUCAUAGCCAAGAACUUCACCAACUGUACCUCGAUCUCCUUACAUUCCGAGAAACCGACGUGCAGAAGCUGGCUUUCGACUGUCUCCUGACGUACAAGCACAAGUUUCUGGAACCAUACAAGGAAAAUUUCCAGAAGCUGCUUGAUGACAAGACAUUCAAGUCUGAAAUAGUUUUAUUCAGCGUGGAUUCAGAGUCAGGAGUUGUUCAGGAAGACCACAGAAAAGAGCUUUUGCCAGUGCUGAUGAGAGUUCUACAUGGAAAAAUGCACUCGCGUUCUGGUUCAAAGACUGGUGGCAAGCACAGGUUUGUCAACAAGCAGUCCAUUGUGUUGCGCUUCCUGGCCAGCUGCAAGGAAGAAGAAAUACGAAGCUUUAUUGAUCUCGAAUUGGCAGCGCUGAAGGAUUACCAGCAGUCGGAGAGCCUGCUGGAGAUGGUUCAAAAGAUUCGGACGUUAUUGGACGUGACCAAAAUCAUCCCAAUACGCCGUUUGCACGGCAUGCUCACCACUGUAGAAACGAUGCUGAAGUACCUGGGAGGUCUGGUACCCAACCUUGUACCCCUGCUUCUCAGGCUGAUAGUAGCAGCGGUGGUGUACGCGGACACUUUACUUUGUAACAAAGACAAAGUGGUCCGCUCGAUCUUGGGGACGACCAGGGUGCUCAGGUCACAAGGGAUUCGCCUUCUUGGUUGGUUCUUUCUGAAAUUUGAUAGAUAUGGCUUCACAAGCGAUGAAAUUGAUGCCAUAUUUGAAGCUGCAGUAUGGCCAUUGCUACCUGUCCUUGAAAGCGGCAAUAAGCACAAGCCUUCACCCCUUUUGCGGUUCUUUGCAAACAUCAGUCGCAAUCCACGAUACUUUGUGCUGUUCUCGAAGCACAAGUCCACCGAUCCGAUACAGUCACCCCUGCCGCCAAUCAUCUCCCUGCUGAACAACGUGCACUUGUCCUCCGGUGUGCUUCGCGUGCUCCUCUCCAUUGUACACAAUCUGCUGAGCUUAGAAGAGAAGGCCGAAUGUGACGAUGAGAAUGCCUUGCCUCCUCCUCCCCCUCUGCAGGUGGCCAACUGCCAUACGUUACGAAGUGCGGAUCAGGACGGGGCUACACUUGGGAGGAUGCUGCUGUUGCCUUAUGUUCCUCACAUCAUCAAAAGAUUGAAGCUUGUGUUGGAGUCAGCCAUAAAGACAAAGAGGGCUGUGUCUGCUGUCGAAAUGGGCAUUUUAACUGUGAUAAGCAAAGAUGUUACUAGUCCAUCACAGUGCCUCGAGUUGGCAAGACUGUUCAUUGCUGGUUUCAAGAAAUUAAAAAGCACUGCCCAUGAUGCUGAACAGCAAAAGCUUUCAACAAUCUUGAACCUCAUGAAAUGUGCAGAAAGUCCAGAAGAAGUUGUUGGGAGACUUUCCAGCUACUUUUCUACUUUGAGCAACAGACAGUCAAGGCAGCUACUGUGUGACAUCUACAGUGCAGUAGCCUCGAAGGUUCCACAGUACCGUCAGCUGGCCACUUUCAUCCGCAAGGUAAAUGCAUGGCAUCCCAGAUAUGCAGAAGAACCUAACUACGAGUCUAGACUUGAUGGAUUUAAACUUGGAGUUACCAUGAUUGAAGGCUGCCAGGACCCUCCGGACACAGCAGUUGUCUUGCCAGUCAUCUACAACUGCACUUAUGCCAUGCGAACUGCAAGUGACCUGGCCCUGAGGGAUUCUGCUUCACAUGCACUAUGCCAAAUAAUGCCAAUCUUUGCAACAUGGCUUAAUGAGCACAAGGAAGUGUACAGGAUAUGCAUUUCUGAAGCACUUACCUCGGAGAUCAAGAAAGGGCUUUGCUGCAAGACAGAGGCAAAUAGACAUGAAUUUGUGAACGCCUUUUCGCUGCUGCUUCAACAUUGCGGGGAGCAUCCUUCAUUGGCUGGCCUCAAGAAACUGUGCAACACAGACAGUGACAUGGACUUCUGGGUGAACAUAUGUCACAUACAGUUACACCGAAGGUGCCGAGCUUUGAACCGUCUGUCCUCACAGCUGCGGUCGGGUGAACUGCAGCUGAACCAGAAAGGGCUGACCGACGUUGUGCUACCUUUGGCUUCAUCGUUUUUGUUCUCCGAGAGCUACGCAAAGCACGCUGGUCUCGUGGAGGCAGCGAUAGAAACGCUCUCCGCUGUGUCGGAGCACCUGCCUUGGCGCGGGUACGAACACCUCUUGUGGCGGUAUCUGCGACUUCUACAGCGCGACGUGGAGCAUCAUAACACGGUUGUGAGGAUUGUGGUGGGCAUUCUGAAUUCGUUUCACUUUAACUUGAGCAAGUCUCGUGGCUUUGGAAAAGACGUGCAGCCCAAGCCGGCAGUUUUGGAUGAAGAAAUGUUGGAAGAGGAGGCUGACGAUUCCGACGGUGAAGAUACCGACGCAGGUAAAGAGGCUGUUCCUGCUCCAGACGACGGUGCUUUAGACGAGGAUGCAGCCACCAGCAUUCAUACUACCAUUGCGGUCAAGUUGCUUCCACAUUUACACAAAGCUCUAACAAACAAGGCCAAGUCAGAUGAUGAGCACAAGGUUGUGAGGAGUGGCCAUCCUGAAGAUUCUGAAGUUCUGCGAAUACCCAUUGCAGUUGCCAUAGUGAAGCUGCUGCAGCAACUGCCUCAUGGGAUGUUGCAAAGGCACUUACCAGGGGUCCUUCUCAAGAUUUGUCAGUUCUUGAGGUCCCGUCUCAUGAGCAUUCGUGAUUCAGCUCGAGAGACGUUGCUCAAGAUCAUGUCAUCCUUAGGCCCAGCUUACUUUGGCUACUUACUGCAACAGAUGAGGGGCACCUUGCAGAGAGGAUACCAGGUUCACGUCAUGAUGUACACUGCACACGCUGUGCUGGAAUCACUUACACCGGUGAUGAAACCAGGUGACCUGGACAGUUGCUUCACCGAUGUGAUUGAGGUGUGUCAGAACGAGCUGUUCACCGACUUAUCCGAAGAGAAGGAGGUGACGCAGAUCACUGGAAAGGUCAAGGAAGCCAGGUCGACUAAGAGCUACAACAUCUACAAAAUUUUAGCGAUGAUGACAACAGAAGAGACACUUCCACGAUUGACAGCUCCUCUGAAGUCUGUCACUCUAAUGUCAGUGAGCCACAAAGUGGUGAAAAAAUGUGAAGAUUGCUUUCAUCGUAUUGUGUCGGGCCUUGCAGCGAAUUCUGCACUACCAGUUGAGAAGCUGCUGAUCUACUCCUACAGCAUGAUUAAAGAAAAUUUGGAUGACCUCCAUGCAAUUCCGAAGGUAAAGAAACCGGUGUCAGAGCCACGGCUACUAGAAGAGCGAUCGGACGUGUUUCUUCUUCCUCAAGAACCAUCUCGUGAUGGACUUCCUGUUACCACAAGCCGACGAACUAAUACUCAUGUGUUGGUGGAGUUUGGGCUCAAGAUUCUGCAUUCAUUGUUCAAGCAAAGUAAGCUAGACUCAUCCGAGAAGAAGCAUUUGGAAAUGUUAGAUCCAUUUGUGCCUCUUUUAACCAGUCUUGUGGACUCAUCACACGUAAAAGUAGUGACAAUAUCACUUAGGUGCUUCGUACGUUUGCUACAAAUGGAGCUUCCUGCUCUUAAAGAUAACAUGCCUCAACUGGCCCGGUCACUGUUUGUUAUUCUACACAAGUACGCAGGUGCAGGAAUGAAACAAGGAGAAAAUUUUGAGCUCGUAGUCCUUAGUUUCAAGGUGAUGACUAUUCUAGUCAGGGAACCCGACAUGUACAAAACUGAAGAAAAUCAGCUGAUCGUAUUACUGGGAUACGUCGAAACAGACCUUUAUGACCACACUAGGCAAAGCACCGCUUUUGCCCUGCUGAAGGCAAUCUUGGCGCACAAAUUGGACAAGCCACAGCUGCACGAAUUGAUGGAGAAAAUAGCACAAAUGUCCAUCAGUGAUGAGAAGGAGCAUGUGAGGAGUAAAUGCCGUGAAGUUUACCUGCACUACGUACUGGACUACCCGAUGAAGCAUCGCAUGCGAAAGGCUGUGGGCUUCUUCGUAGCGCAACUGGGCUAUGGCGUAGAGAGCGGCCGUGCUUCGGCACUUGAAAUGAUAAAUGCUUAUUCCGCCCAUUUUCCACCCGCUACAUUAGAGCAUUAUGCCGGCACACUGUUUGUUGCCAUGGCAGCUCGGUUGGUCAAUGAUGAUUCUCCCAACAUGCGCCGUAUGGCCUCGGCAGCAGUUAAAAGUCUUCUUGGAAAACUCAGCGACAACAGCAGAAGCUCCCUCUUUGCCAUUGUAGUCUCGUGGAUGAAAGCAAAGAUGUUCGCCAUGUUGCGAUUGGCAGCUCAAGUAAUAGGAGUCUUCGCCGAAAUUGAGAAGGAAAAGUUUGAACGGUUCUUGCCGGACCUCCUGCCUCUUCUGGUAGCUCAUCUGAAUCCAGAGAAAUUUGAGGAGUUUGUCGCCGAAGAUAUUGAGAAGACGAAAGAUCACAUUGCGUACCAGUUGUUAGUCUCCCUGGCAAAGAUUGUUCUGGCGUGUAACGUCAUACGAAAUCCAACAUACUACGAGCAAACUGGAAAAAUCCUCGAGUACACUACUUCACUCUUACUUCAUCCUCAUGUCUGGGUGCGACUUGCUGCAUCCCAGCUGUUUGGAGCAGUGUUCACAUCGUAUGACGUUGAGGAAAUUGUCAGCGCAUGCCAGAGCGAACCAGAUACGCAGGACUACCUCCUCAAGGAUUGUGCUAAAAAGAUACGUGAUUUGACUGAGAAAUUUUGCCACCUGCUGCGUACUGGUGACAUAGUUGCAGAACUGGCUGAACAGGCAGUGAAGAACCUGGUGUUUACAACCAAGAUUUCUUGGCGAUUCAUGCAAAACAGCUGCGAUAGUGGCAAAGGCGAUGUCCAUACUCUUGACUGGAUUCUAAAAAGAGCAGAACAACAAGCACGACAAGAGGUGUCUACAGGAACAGGCGCUGUGCUGAAGAGAUCAAACGUCUUCAAGUUCAUGGCGGCUGUAGCACUAGACCUGUCCAAGGAGGAACUGUUAAAGCAUUUACACAUCAUUCUUCGACCAAUAUGCCGAGAGCUUGAAGACAAGUCCCCACAUCAGGACGAGAGCCUCAAGAACUUAGCUCAGGAAGUGACAGCUGUUUUGAAAAAGGCUGCUGGCGUAGAGGCAUUCACUAACACACUAGUGAAGCUGCAAGGUGAAUUGAGCAGCAGGAAGCUGAAGCGCAAACGGGAACGGGCACUCGAGGCUGUUGUGAAUCCAGAGCUGGGAGCAAAGAGGAAAAUCAAACGACAGUUAGCGAAGAGGGUGUCACAAAAGCGUAAGCUUGCAGUGAAGCACGGUAAAAAGGUAAAGAAACGAAAAGUGUAACUAUGGGCGGGUAUCCCGAGAGGUGUCUCGGCCAAUGGCGUUGCGGUGCUCACAGCACUUGGAAUGUAUAUAAGUACACAUGUACAGAAUAAAGUCUGCUUUAUUA